GAAAACUUGUCGGCCAUCGCACUUGUAGAGACAGACGGUUGCGGUAGGCCGUGAAGCGCUUUUGUGCAGUUUGCUCUGUGAGCUGAUUGGGUUUUCGUUGCUGAAGUUAAGCCAUAGGUGUUUUUUUUACCUUGCCGGAAUAGUUGUGCACAGUCCCAACUGUUCUAUAUUUGCGUUUACUUUUGAGUUAAUCUCUAAACAAGGCAGAAAAAACUUCGAAAAUGGAUCAAAUGUUGUCUAGCCCUGGUUUCAGCAUUCCUUCUAUCGGCACUCCACUUCAUCAACCAGAGGAGGACCAGCAGAUUUUACCUCACAAUAGUCCAAUUCCGGCACCACGUCAACAACAACAGAAUGGAUUUGGACUUGCUUUGCCUCACCAACAGAUCAACAAUUCAUCAAGCUCACAGAACCUUUACAGUUUACCGGGAUUCACACCUCAGCACAUGUUACAGCCACAAACACCGCAAGCCCUGAUGUCACCUGCUCCAAACCGAGGAUCAAGUGCAGCCAUUGGGGAUUCUCACAUGCAUUCACAAGGAACACCAGCUCCUGCUGGACUGUUUGGUCCUUCUACGCCUGCACCUAUGACACCACACACUCCAGCUUCUGCUGACCCUGGAAUUGUUCCUCAAUUACAAAACAUAGUAUCAACAGUAAAUUUGGGAUGCAAAUUAGAUCUUAAGAAGAUUGCGCUCCACGCGCGUAAUGCCGAGUAUAACCCCAAACGUUUCGCAGCCGUGAUUAUGAGAAUUCGUGAACCGAGAACAACGGCUCUCAUCUUUAGCUCAGGAAAAAUGGUAUGUACAGGAGCCAAAUCUGAAGAAGAUUCGAGAUUAGCUGCCAGAAAGUACGCACGAAUUGUUCAAAAACUAAAUUUUCCUGCAAAAUUUCUAGAUUUUAAAAUUCAAAACAUGGUUGGUAGCUGUGAUGUAAAAUUUCCUAUUCGUCUAGAAGGCCUAGUAUUGACACACAGCCAGUUUAGCAGCUACGAACCAGAACUCUUCCCUGGUCUCAUUUACCGAAUGGUCAAACCGCGUAUUGUGCUACUGAUUUUUGUUUCUGGAAAAGUAGUGUUAACUGGCGCUAAAGUUCGCCAAGAGAUCUACGACGCAUUCGACAAUAUUUACCCUAUUUUAAAGAGUUUCAAGAAGCAAUAGUACAUC